UGAUGCAUUACAAAAGCGAGGCAUGGCAUGCAUUAUAAGUUGGAUCAAUAUUCAUAUGAUUAGCGGUCGAUUAUCGUGGAACACAAUGAGUACAAAAAAAAACACCAAAACGAAGCGUUUUACCGGAUAGUGCAUGAGCCUUGGCUGUGACUAGCGUCUGCGAAAUUGGGAAUGUCCUCUAAGCGAUUACAGGGUCUGAUCAGUCCGUGUGCCUGGUGCGUACACCCGGUAUAAUAACUGUCGUUGAACCCAGGCUUCUGGCCCAUCCCCUCUCGUUUUAUGAAUCUGGAAGUGAGGGUUUAGGAUCGAUAUCUUAAUUGGGUCAUCAAGAGCAAGAAACUACUGAAUUGGUCCUUAGUCCACUGCAAUGGGGUGUGCGAGCACUUAUUCGACAAAUCCGAUUGAUGUAUAUUACCUCAGGUGGAGGGCCUAGCCUCAGCGAGAGGUUUCUGAGCUCAGGAAGUAGAAUCCCUCAUUGAGGUUUUGUGAGGAACGAUUAUUGCCGGGGAACAGAAGGUCUGAGUCUGUCGAGAUGGUGAAGGUGCGGAUGACCACAGCAGAUGUGGCUGCAGAGGUGCGCUGUUUACGAAGACUGAUUGGCAUGCGCUGUGCCAAUAUCUACGACCUCUCUCCGAAGACGUAUGUGAUCAAAUUCGCGAAAAGCAGUGGUGUUGCCGAAUCUGGAGAGAGUGAAAGAGCUCUGGUGCUACUUGAGAGCGGUGUUCGACUGCACACGACUGAAUUCAGUCGGGAUAAGAGUUCCACCCCUUCGGGUUUUACCUUGAAGCUCAGAAAGCAUUUGAGAACGCGGAGAUUAGAGGAUGUUCGUCAACUUGGGAUAGAUCGAGUAGUAGAUUUUCAAUUUGGGCUCGGAGAAGGAGCAUUUCAUAUUAUCUUGGAGCUGUAUUCGCAGGGAAAUUUGCUUUUGACAGAUUCCCAUCAUAAUGUUAUUACGUUGCUGCGUACUCACAGAGAUGAUGAAAAAGGUCUUCUGAUGAUGGCUCAUCAUCAAUAUCCUAUCAAUUCCUGUCGAUUGUUCGAGAGAACGAAAAAAGAGGCGAUUAGCACUCUUUUGAAAGAGCAGACACGACUGAAAGCUGAUGAAGCUGUAGAGGAACAACAAGCAGCAUCAAAGGAGGUGCACACUGGUAGUGUUAAUGAAGACGCUAAGAAGACGAAGUGGAAGCCGGAAGGUAAAGGGUCGAAGUCUGCUAGCCAGGAGGUCAGUGGGAAUGGAAAGAAAGGGGCGGGACUACCGACUCUUAAAUUUUUACUGGUGGAAGGCUUGGGUUAUGGACCAAGUCUGAGUGAACAUAUCAUUUUGAGUGCGGGAUUGCAACCCGGACUCAAAAUGAAUUCUUCAAUUCUCAGCCGAGAUGAGUUCGAAGCCUUAGCCGCUGCAAUCAAAAGAUUCGAGGACUGGUUGGAGGCUGUUGUGAGCGGGGACAUUGUUCCCGAAGGAUACAUUUACAUGCAGAAAGUAGGUAUGGGGAAGGCGAAGUCAGCAGCGAGCGAUGUCAAAGAAGAAUUUGACAGGGUUUACGACGAGUUCUCUCCGCUGGACCUGAAACAAAUGAAAGACCGAGAGUCCAUGAAGUUGGCCACUUUUGAUGCCGCCAUGGAUGAGUAUUAUAGUAAGGUAGAAGGACAACGUGCAGAUCAACAAAGAAGAACACAAGAAGAAUCUGCGCUCACGAAGCUGGACAAAAUUCGAGCCGAUCAGACAAAUCGGGUCAAAGCGUUGAAGCGCGAAGUGGACCAAUCCGUGCACAUGGCAGAACUGAUCGAGUAUAACCUCGAUGAUGUAGAUGCAGCAAUUUUAGCCGUUCGUACUGCACUUGCUAGUGGCAUGGAUUGGAAAGAUCUUGGUCGAAUGAUAAAGGAGGAGAAAAAGGCAGGAAAUCCAGUUGCUGGUGUUAUCCAUAGUUUGCAACUGGAAACGAAUCAGAUUACUCUGCUUCUAAGUAAUAAUCUAGAUGAUAUGGAUGAGGAAGAGAAAACACGACCUGUGGACAAGGUGGAAGUGGACUUGUCACUUUCUGCACAUGCUAAUGCUAGGCGAUGGUUUGAAAUGAAGAAGAAGCAUGCUACAAAGCAGGAAAAGACUCUAGCUGCUCAUGAAAAAGCGUUUAAAGCCGCAGAGAAAAAAACUCAGCAGCAACUUGCGCAGGCAAAGACCGUGGCUGCAAUCACGCAUAUUCGUAAGAUGCACUGGUUUGAGAAAUUCAACUGGUUCAUCAGCAGUGAGAACUACUUGGUCAUCAGUGGUCGUGAUGCGCAGCAAAAUGAGCUGGUUGUAAAGCGCUAUAUGAAGAAAGGAGAUUUGUAUGUGCAUGCAGAUCUCCAUGGAGCGUCCAGCACAGUAAUAAAAAACAACGAUCCUACAAGACCCAUACCGCCCUUCACUAUAAACCAAGCGGGGUCGUUCACCGUUUGUCGAAGUCAAGCGUGGGAUUCAAAAAUUGUGACUAGUGCCUGGUGGGUUCACCCACACCAAGUAAGUAAGACAGCUCCAACGGGCGAGUAUCUGACGGUUGGGAGUUUCAUGGUAAGGGGCAAGAAAAACUUCUUGGCCCCUAACCCUCUGGUGAUGGGUUAUGGGCUUCUAUUUCGCUUGGAUGAGAGUUGUAUUGCCGCUCACCUCAACGAGCGGCGUAUCAGGGGUGAUGGGGAGGGGGAAGAAAGUGAAAGAGCUGCUUUCGUUGAAGCUGGUCACCCAGAAGUGGGGAAAUCAUCGAACAGAAACAAUGAUGACGACGAGGAAAACAUUGAGGUUCCAAGUGAGGAUCAGGAUCAGGAAGUCAGAGCAGAUACAUCGGACAAUGACGACGAAGGCUUUCAGGAGAAGUCACGUUCAGGCAGUGAUCGUUCAGAUGGAAUGGGCAGUGAAUUAAUGACAGCUGUACAUGGGACAAACAUCUCUGAAGGAGGUGAUGAUUCUGGGUUUGAUGCUCUAUUAGAUAAAGCUUUUGAGCUUCGGUCAGCUCAUAAGGUGACAUCAAACAAGUACGGGCUCGAACUAGUCAACGUCACCACUGAUGCGGACAGGAAUGUGGAUAGUGCUCCUGGAAAUGUGAAAAUGUCCAAGGCUGUUCAGCGAGAGAAGCCGUAUGUAUCUAGAGCAGAGAGGCGAAAAUUAAAGAAAGGAAGCAAGCAUGGAAAAGAUGAUGAAAGAAAUGGUGUCGCUGGAGAUGAAGAACUUGCGACUGUUGAAGGUCAAGAGAGGCUCGAUAAUUUGGACAUAUCAGACGAGUUAUCAGCUUUGGGAACUGUAGAAGGAGGGCCGGAUUCAAGUCCAGGCGGAAGUAAACCUAGUCGCGGAAGGAAAGGAAAGUUGAAGAAGAUCAAAGAGAAAUAUGCCGAACAGGAUGAAGAAGAGCGGCAGCUUCGAAUGUCUCUCCUCGCUUCUGCUGGACGGAAGGAGAGCAAACAACCUAAAGCUUUAGGAGUGAAUGGAAAAGCUAGUACCAGCAGUAAAACGACUUCCAAUGAACAAGACGCAGGGUUGAAAGAAAAAGUUUGUUAUAAAUGUAAGAAGACUGGUCACAUAGUUCGUGAUUGUCCAUAUGAGACAGCUAGUCUGAGUGCGAAGGAUGAACGACCCACAUAUGUUGGGGAUAGCCAGAACUUGGCCACGGAGAGAAUCCAGAAAGCAUCUACUGAUGACGAUGCAAGGGAGGGCAUUAUGCAACCAAUCGUUCGAAACGAAGCGGAGAAACCCAAGGAUGGUUUGAGUAGAAGGGCAUACUCGAAGGCUGCCAAGGAGGAGAUCGCGGCCAUAAUGGCAGAAGAAAAUGUCGUGGAAUUAGGAGAUGAUGAUAAGGAGAAGCUCAUAGAGUUAGAUUCUUUGACGGGGAUACCACAUUCAAGUGAUGUGCUGCUCUACUCUGUGCCCAUGUGUGGACCUUACAGUGCUCUACAAGCUUUCAAGUAUCGUGUCAAGCUUACUCCAGGACCAGCUAAGAAGGGAAAAGCUGCAAAGGUUGCUUUAGAUGUCUUCAGUCACAUGCCGGAGACGACUGUGCGCGAGAAGGAGCUAAUGAAGGCCGUGACUGAUCCAGAAUUGGUGGCAUGCAUGCUCGGAAAUGCUAAGGUCACAGCUCCUGGGUUAACAAAAUUAAAAAAAACACAGAAGAAGUGGAAGAAGGUCGCUUCCAAAGAAGUUGGCUGAGGACUCCGUGUUCAUGUGACUUCGAGGCACCCAACUAUUGGGAGCAGCCAUAUCGUAAUGAGUCACGGCGUUAGCAUACGAGGGUGUUUCAGUACCAGGCGUCCCGAAUUUUUUUUCGAUCGGAAUAAAAGCCGAUAAUUUGCUCGUCGUGUUUAUGAGCAGGUCACCGUUAAGUCAAAAGGUUUGUUUCUUUGUUUGAAUUUUCAAAUACUUUGCUUCAUGGAUCACUGGCAGAUGAUGUCUCUCCUCCUACACCUGUAUAUGUCUUUGCAGUUGCCAUAGCCUGCUGAGCUCAGACCAAACGGGCAGGUCAAUUCCAGCAGUGUUUCUGAGCUCAGAAUUCUCUUUGUAGCACUCCUUACUCUUGAACCUUUGGCUAAACCCGAAUUUAUGUCAGCUGUGUUGCUAUCACCAUCCCGAGCUGGCAUGUAUAGGACGGAAUGAUAGAUGACAAGGUUCACUGUCGGACGUGAAUAUUUAGCUUGAAGGAUUUGCAAUAUAUAGAGUCCUAACUAGAAGCAAGGAACACUAAGGUAAACUCUAACUUCAGUGUUCUGUCCAAGAACAGAACACAUUAUCAUCAGAUUCCCACUUAUUCAUAUAUAUCAUCAGAUAAUCCACACAUCAUAUUGCACAUGUGAAUAGUGUUGAGGUAGAUUGAGAAAAAGGGAGAUAAAUGUAUUCUCAUAUUGCACAUGUGAUUAGUGUUGAGGUAGAUUGAGAAAAGAGAGGAAAGUGGAACCCAAUGUCGACGACAUGAUGUCGAUGUGUCAACACUAUUCAUAUUUUGUAUCAUACACUAGAUUUAGCAAUUAUCUUC